UAAUAGCAACACAGCUGCCACUUUGAUUAUAGUAGAUGAUGAACGUGGCCUAUGGUGUAUUAUGAUUUUUAUAUUUUUGUGAACUAUAAAAUUAUAAAAAAUGUCCGACGUAAUUGUGCCCAAGGGUCAACCAGUUUCUGGGGACCCAGAAAAAAAGGGAUGGUUAUUUAAGUGGACGAAUUAUUUGAAAGGAUAUCAGAGGAGAUGGUUCAUGUUGUCGAAUGGAGUGCUGUCUUAUUACAGGAAUCAAGCUGAGAUGAGUCACACUUGCCGAGGAAAUAUAUCCCUUCUGGGUGCAUUGAUCCACUCAGUGGAUUCUUGCACUUUCGUCAUCAGUAAUGGAGGCACACAGACUUUUCAUAUACGAGCCCAUGACGAGGUUGAGAGACAGAGCUGGGUUACCGCUCUGGAGCUGGCUAAAGCCAAAGCUAUACGAGCGCAAGAAUCAGAUGACGACGAAGAUCAAAUGACAUCAGGUCCUGUUGCGAUACCGGGGUCUGAUGAGAGUGAGGAUCCUGGUGGUAUAGCCAGGGAAUUGGCGGCCAGAUUCCACGACCUUAACACAUGUUCUGAGCUGGUUGCGAGGUAUGGCGCGGCGUUACAACGAUCUCUGGUGGAUCUCGAAAUACCACCCACGGAUACCACCAAACAAGUCUCCGAAAGGGCCACGUUGUUCAGGAUAUCUUGUAACGCAAUGAUGAAUGCGUGUUCGGAGUUCAUGAGCGCAGUUGCAACUUCCAGUGCUCGAAUGAAUCGAGCUUUACAGCACGAGCGUGAUCAGAAGAUGAGGUUGCAGGAGGUCGUGGAACAGCUGGCCAGGCAACACGAUAAUCUUGAGAAGACUGUCACUGCUAGAAGUACUCCGCACACUGGAGGGAACGGUUCUGGGCAGGGUAACGAUACAGAGGAUGAGGAUCAUGAAUUCUUUGAUGCGAUGGAAGAGGGUGUCUCCUCGGCUAUGGACGACAAAACUUCUUUUGUAAUUAAAGUGCCUGUAAAUAGAAAAAAUAAAGUUAAAAGCGGUGAAAGCUCCGACGAAUCUGAAGGGGAGACAGUAACUGAGACACAAAAGGUUAUAUUCGUGGAAGACAAAGAACGUCCUGAAAACGCGAUGGGUGGGGCAGAACUCCCCGUUGUCCCCAAGGACGAGCAAGUACAGCAUGAGCCCAUCAAGAUUUGGCCCCAUGUGACCCAAGCAGUAAGCCUAGUUGACGGACACGCGCGUCGUCAGAGGGUACCGGACAAACCCAACUACCCUCUCUCGCUAUGGUCCAUCAUGAAAAAUUGUAUCGGUAAGGAGCUAUCCAAGAUCCCGAUACCUGUGAACUUCAGCGAGCCGCUCUCAAUGCUGCAGCGUCUGACUGAGGACUACGAGUACUCGUCCAUACUGGACCAGGCCGCUACCUUCACUGACCCAGCACACCAGCUGGCUUACGUGGCAGCAUUCACUGUCAGCUCGUACGCCACCACGGCAUGCAGAACUACGAAGCCCUUCAAUCCGCUCCUCGGCGAGACGUUUGAAUGUGACCGCAUGGCCGACCUGGGAUGGCGUUCCAUAUCAGAACAGGUGUCCCACCAUCCGCCUAUGGUGGCGCAGUUCUGCGAGGGUGCGGCCGGCUGGCAGUGCUGGCAGGAGUUCACCAUGACCACCAAGUUCCGGGGGAAGUACCUGCAGGUGGUACCGCUGGGCGGCGCUUACGCUCAAUUCACCGACUCCGGCAACAAGUACACCUGGAGAAAGGUGACGACGACGGUUCACAAUAUAAUAGUCGGCAAGCUGUGGGUGGACAACCACGGAGACAUGGAUAUAGUAGGCGAGGGUUCGGCCGCCGGGUACGUGGCGCACCUCAAGUACCUGCCGUACGGGUACUUCAGCAAAGACGCCCAGCGCAAGGUCACCGGCGUCAUCAAGGAUCCGCAGGGCGUCCCGCGGUACGUGCUGCAAGGUCACUGGGACACCCGCGUCGAAGUCGCGCCCGUGACCUCCGCCUCCGCCGACAACACCGUCUGCAAGACCGGCAAGUUCGUAGUGGCCUGGGAACGAGUCCCCGCGCCCGCUGACUCUGAGAAAUGGUACAACUUCACGCUGCUGGCGGCCCAGCUGAACGAGCCGGAGACGGGCGUGGCGCCCACCGACUCGAGACUGAGGCCGGACCAGCGACUCAUGGAGGAGGGGCUCUGGGACGAAGCGAACGCCGAGAAGCUCCGGCUGGAGGAGAAGCAGCGCGCGGUGCGGAGGCAGCUGGAGGCGGAGGCGGAGGAGGCGGCGGCGCGGGGGGAGUCGGCCCCCGCCCGCGCGCCCGCCUGGUUCACGCGCCAGCCCGCCCCCGGCCAGCCGCGACUGCCGCAUCUCUACAACGAUCGCUACUGGGACUGCAAGCGGCGCCAGGACUGGUCCGUCUGCCCCGACAUCUUCUAGUACUAUAUAUAGUCACGCGACCAUACGGAUAACGCUUCGUCAUGAAAACGAUCUCCCGUACAGUGAGCUCACCAUGAGUGUCCAUGGUCACACUGCACACGGAGCGGUCCCAAUUUUUCAAAUAGAUUAUCAAAACCUUGAACGCUCCGAGUGCAGUGUGACCAUUGACACUCGUGGUGAGCUCACUGCUCCUGUCGCGUGAGCAUUGUUUAUUUUUUUAAUUUAAAUUUUAUUAUAUCGGUUUAAGCGUUGGAACGGUGGUCUUUAGUCUCUGAGUGUAAGUUAAGUUUUCAGCCGACUCAACUCUGUCCUAAAAAUAAAAUAAUUUCUCAACGGUCUCACUCACCCGUUCCCCGUACAAUGCGUUCGUUGAUCAGAUGUCGUACUAAUGUCUUUUGAUACCUAGAUAAAUAAACAAUGAUCUGUAUAUUGUUUUCAUAAUCAUGAUUUAAUGUAUUAAAUUUAUUUUACGUGUUUAGGCGAUUUUUUGGUUGAUUGUUGAUGAUACAAAAUUAUAAAGGGACCUGUCAGCGCCAUCUAUCCCUCGUGCGGUUAGCGACCUCUGCCUCUGGUGGUGGUAGAGCCCCAAAUCUCAUUCAGAACGCUUUGGUUCGUCUAAUAAGCAUUAGGUCUGUAAAUACAGAGAUCGCGAAGACCUCGUGCUCUUAUAAUAGGUCAUAUUAUUACCUUGUAACUUUCAGCUGAAUAGUGUUUCAAGUUAUUAGAGAAUCUAAUGUAUAACCAGGUGCUAUUUUAAACAAACUGGCACGCUUGUCACGCUUCCAUUAAAAAAAUAAUAUAUAGAAAUAUUAUCAUAGACGAAUUGAACGUAGAACCAAACGACGGACGCCACGUCUCAAGGGAAGUUAUGAUUAAUUUAAUUGUAGUUUCAUAAAAUUAACGGUCAAGCUUUUGUUAUAUUUUAAUGAACGUGAACAAUAACAAACAUGGCUGUCAUAGAUGUUUACUGCUAUUUUUUUUUUUUUUUAACGAUCAUCGGUUUUAUAAUUUUGGUCCUUCAACUCGCUUAAUUUAUAUAUUUAAUCGAUGUUAUAUUUAAUCUUUUAAACUUUUGUAUUGAAAUAAAAACGCGUGGAAUAACGGAGGUUUAUUGACGUCUGUUUAUUUAUUGUUGUGACGUUAUCCGAAAUUGAACCUGGGACGGCUGUAUCUUGUGACAAUUUACCGACAUAAUAAUAUUGCUCUUGCGUUCGUUCACUUGAUAGGUAGAGCGGAUACGUGGGAAUCCUUUGCGCUUCUAAUUAAUGUCUUCAUAAUAAUGCUAUAAAAAAAAAUGUUAUUAACUAUUUUAAAUAACGGUCUCUACCUUAGCCUUCGCGUAGGAGCAAUGUUUAAAUAACUUUAGUAGGUUAUAAUUCACAUUAAUAUCGAAGCAAUAAUUUUAAAAAUUUAAAUAACCUAAUGCUGUUGAUAAACAUAUGUGAGACUAGAGUAUUUUUUAAGAUGUAUUACAAAUUGUACAUUUUCAAGUGUAUGUAAGAUAAUUUUGUUAAUAUUUUAUUAUAUUAGAAGAUAUUUGAAUACAAAGCCAUAACAUCUGUAUCAUGUUAAUUAAAAAAUAAAUAUGUCGCAUAUAAACAA